AUGGAGAAGGUUGAGGAAGAAUUGCCCCUUUUUCGCGCGAAAUUACCAGGCCUUUAUACGAGUGGUGCUACAGGGUCGGGGGUUGGACCAGGGUCUUAUAACGUCACAUUCACUUAUUCCAAGCCCAUUCAUGGCGAGGCUCCGUUUGGCAUUACAAGCGAGAGGUUUUCGUCGCACCUUGGCGCUUUAACGCCUGGAGUUGGGACCUAUGAAGUGACUAUGAAUGAUUUUCGAAGUGGAGACAUUACUGUGGUUCCAUUUGUUUCCUCAGUGGACCGUUUUUUUGCUCCCCGCACCGACGAAGUUCCUGGUCCCGGGACAUAUCCUCACGAUGGAAAUAGGUGGGGUCGAACUGGGCGCGCCCAUACCAUCGGAGCUGGUCGUUUUAAUGAUGUUGAGGACCCACUUGUUGUCGGUCCAGGUUCAUAUAACCCGAAUUAUGCUUCGGGUCAUCGUGCACAUCCACGCGCCGCGAAUUUUGCUGGUUAUAGUGGUCGUGGCAACCCUCGCUUUAAUGAUGUACCAGGACCGGGACAUUAUGGCGUUGCAGCUUCUGCAAAGUCGCUUUAUACUAAUAAACCAAGUUCAAUGUUUGCAACGAAAACUUUGCGCUCAACCUUUGGAGGCAACGUCCGGACUCCAGGGCCUGGGACUUAUGAUGUGCCUUCUUAUUUUCAAUCCUUAGAACAAUAUCGCGCCGCAAACCCUGAAUUUUUUUCAGCUUUCGGUUCUUCAGCGCCUCGUUAUGCACCCUAUGGGCCUACAGAUUUGCCGGGUCCAGGCACUUACACAGGAGAAAUUGCACCGCGUCGUCCAAAAAUGCCCCCCAAAACGAAGGGAACAUCCUCGUUUGUCUCCGAAACAAGCCGCAAAAGACUACCUUUUGGAACGAACCUCGGUCCUGGGGCGUAUGAGCCCGUAAUGCCCAUUAAGUUGCGAAAACACAAUUUGGCUUCUGUGCCUUUUCGUUCCCGUUCCCAAAGAAUUCCUUCACCACAACGCGCUGAUGCCGAAGGAUUUGUUGAAUCUCGUCGUCCUCUUGUACGUGUGCCACGUCGUAUUCAUCCUUCUAGAUUGCUAGAUGAUUCCCUUGACGCCGCGGCAAAAACGGAUUCUAGAUCUGUUUCCCCAGGUCGUGUUUAUGACGUCAAGUAUGAUUGGACGAAACCUACUUGUACAAGUGGUUCAUAUUUGGGUAUUGCCCCUCGUUUUGAGAAAAAGGCCUUAAAUGUCUUUCCUGGCCCUGGCCAGUAUGAUAUCUCUAACAAAGAUUUGUUGGGCGGGGGACGAUCCUUAAACGGUACAUGGGGAACUGAUGGAAGGUUUAAGUCCGGCGAUGGAGUUGGCAAUCCUGGUCCAGGACACUAUCGCUAUGACAGCACCUUCUACAAGAAGAGCUUUAACUGUACUGUUGCUUCUACAGAAGAGAUGUAA